GUUCAGUAGCAGCCUUUAGUAAGCACCAUGAACACUGGAAUAUUCAUAAGGUAUAUUCAUAUCUAUAACAGCAGCAGCAACCCCAGUGCCAAGAGCUCAGCUGGGAUGAAGACUGCUCCUCAGUGCUGGGGUGUCCUCUCUGUUGUGUGACUGAGCUGAUAAUGCGCUAUCAGAGCUAGAAGAGCACUAUAUAGAGGGGCUCCCCUUAGCAACUCUGCAACCGUGCUCUUUUUGGAUCAUCUUCUUGUUUUCACCGUUGCUGCUUCUAUUUGGUUUGCUCUCAUCAGAAGGAGUUCCUUGAGAUUUUCCCCGAAAGGACCCUACACUCCACCCACAGGACUGCACUGUAAAGAGUGUUCUGCAAUGAAAGCAUGCCCAUCUAGAAAUCAAGAGCAGACUCAACGCCGUCAUCAGUGAGGACAAUACUCUGGACUUGUAAGUUUGGGGUUUUUUUUCUUCAAAACUGUGGUGAAAAAUGAAUGGCCCAGCAGAUCCCUCAAGCCUACUCUUCAAUUGCUCAAAUCAAUCAAAUUUCUCUUUGGAAACAUCAGAGCAAUGUGGCAAAGAGACACACCUCGAGAACAUCCUUUUUGCCACUUUCUACUUCCUGGACUUCAUCCUGGCUUUUGUUGGCAAUGCCCUGGCUCUUUGGCUCUUCCUGCGGGACCAAAAGUCAGGCACACCUGCCAACAUUUUCCUGAUGCACCUCGCUGUGGCUGACCUGUCCUUUGUGUUGGUACUUCCCACCCGGCUGGUGUACCAUUUUUCUGGCAAUCACUGGCCAUUCGGUGAGAUCCCAUGCAGACUCACUGGCUUCCUUUUUUACCUCAACAUGUACGCCAGUAUCUACUUCCUCAUGUGUAUCAGCGUUGACCGUUUCCUAGCCAUUGUGCACCCUGUGAAAUCCAUCAAGCUCCGCAGGUCGCUUUAUGCCCAUUUGGCAUGUGCCUUUCUAUGGGUUGUAGUUGGGGUUGCAAUGGCACCUCUGCUGCUCAGUGUGCAGACAGUUGAGAUGAAAAACACAACCAUCUGCCUGCAGCUCUACAGGGAAAAGGCAUCACGUCAUGCCCUUGUGUCCUUAGCAGUGGCAUUCACCUUCCCAUUUGUUACUACAGUGACUUGCUACUUAUUAAUCAUCCAAAGCCUGAAGAGCGGGAACAGAGUUGAGAAACACCUGAAGGAAAAAGCUAUCAAAAUGAUCAUCAUGGUCCUGAUGAUCUUUCUGAUUUGCUUUGUACCUUAUCACGUCAAUCGCUACAUUUACAUUCUCCAUUACAAUGGGACCAAAACUUCCUGUGAAACACAGCGUAUUCUAGCCCUCAGCAACCGCAUCACUUCCUGCCUCACGAGCCUGAAUGGUGCCCUGGACCCAGUCAUGUAUUUUUUUGUAGCUGAGAAAUUCCGUGAGGCUUUGUGCAAUCUCUUUUGUGUUAAAAAGACUGUAAUGUUGCCUCAAACAUAUGAGGGUAAGACAAAUGAAAGCUCACUAAGUGCUAAAUCAGAACUGUGAAUGUGACUUUUGUCACUGCUUUGACUUAAGAACACUCUGUUCCACCAAAAUAAGGUAAGGGUGCAAAUAUACGGUGAGAUAGUCCACCGAGAGUCAAACUCAUCCUGAGGAGAGAAGAUCUGUUGUUUUAAUGGGACUGCAAUUAGCAAGAACUCCUCUAACAACAGAGAUCACAUGUUCUUGUCUUACUGUAACUGCAAACAAAAGUAGUUCUACUGAUUUCCAAGAUGUGAAACUGAGGACUGAACACUUGGGAAUAAGGAAGAGAGCAAAGAUGCUAUUAAAUGGAUGUUUUAGGAAAAAAAAAAAAAAAAAAAAAAGCAAAAAAAAGAAAUUAAUUCUCAAAGUCAGAUUCUUCCUCUGCACAAUGCAUACAGCCUACUUUAAAAUUUUACAUUGCUCCAGCAGUAGAGACCCACUCCCCAGAUAGACCUGCCUGAUGAAAAGCCAGCAUGCUUGCACAUCUUGUUCAAGUCUCCAAAUUCAAAGCGUUUAUACAUAGUAGACAGAAAAUUGGUACUAAAUGGUGGCAAGAAAAAAAGACUGAAGUGCUGCAAUGCACCCAACCUGGACUGGAGUUAAGAUAGGACUUCCAAUUUUUUUUACUUCUUCCCAACAUUCAGAGCUGCAGAUGAGCACUAAACUUCACACAACCUUUUCCGUCUCGCCUCUGCCAUUGUCUCAAAGCUGCAGGCAGAGGCAGGACAACAUUUAGUACACUGCCUCUUUUAUGUAGUUCCCUGAAAACAUCAGAUAUCCCGAUAACCCUCAAACUACAGAAUGGAAAAGGGCUGUUUAGGAAUACAGCAUUCAUCUUUACUACAUACUGAAUCAUAAAAAUAUGAACAAGUUUACUUUGUCCAGAAGAGACUCCUACCUCUGAGGUGUUUUACAACUAUUUUUUGUGAUAUAUCUAGCAAGACUAUUCCUUCACUACAGACAAAAUAGAGAUUAUCUUAACUAUCCUUACUGAUACAAAUUGCAUCCAGCAGAAUAUAUCUGGAAAGGACAGGCACACUAGGGGAAACCAGGUACAAUGAGAAGCGGGAAAAAGAACCCAAGAGUUCCCAGUAAUAUUUACUAGAAGACUGCUUCGAUGCUAUGAAGGUAAAUAUUAUAGGAAAUCAUGUGACAGGUGAACUGUAUUUUUAUGUACAGACAUAUACAUACAUAUCUCUUUUCUGUGCUUUUGGGAAUGAGCUCCUUACUCUUUCAGAUUUGGUCCACAAAUUAUGAAAUCAAAUGUACUUUAUCCUACUUGAACUGCUUUAAUUCUGACUGCUUUCCCAAAACAGCCUAGGUGCUAUCACAACAGCCCAUUCUAACAAGCUUAGGUGUUGAAAGAAAAUUAUGCCCAACUCCAAAUACUAAGGCAGAGAAGCUCAUGCAGGAUGGAAGAGGGAAUUGAGAGGGCUCCCUGCUGGACAGGGUACAAGUAUAUAACCUUUCCUUCCCUUCCUCACCAUUUAGCUAGUGAGAAUAUAAACUCUAGGAAACUACUAGGCUUUGCUCUAGACAUAUGAAAGCCUGAAAUUAACUAUGACUUGCACAACACUCUGCUAACUACUGGAUCGUUUUAUUUCUUACCAUGGUAUGCUUUUGUACAGGUUCCCUUUUAUGUUUUUAUUUCUUACUUCUUAAUUAAAUGCAUUAAUCAAA